AUGUCGGAGUUCUGGUUAAUUUCUGCACCGGGGGAUAAAGUAAAUCUGCAAGCCCUGGAGAGGAUGAACACAGUGACAUCCAAAGCCAACCUGUCCAGCAACAAUAAAUUCCUCAUCCCAGACCUCAAGGUGGGGACAUUGGAUGCUCUUGUUGGUCUCUCAGAUGAGUUGGGAAAACUUGAUAGCUUUGCUGAAAGCGUAAUAAAGAAAAUAGCACAGUACAUCGGAGAAGUUAUGGAGGACUCAAAAGAUAAAGUCCAGGAGAAUCUUCUGGCCAAUGGAGUUGACCUAAUUAGUUACCUGACCCGGUUUGAGUGGGACAUGGCCAAAUAUCCCAUAAAGCAGCCACUGAAGAAUCUCUCAGAAGCAUUAGCAAAGCAAAUCACACAAAUAGAAACAGACCUGAAGUCCCGAACAGCAGCAUACAACAACAUCAAAGGAAAUUUGCAAAGCCUGGAAAGAAAAACUGUGGGAAAUCUAUUGACUCGUACUUUAGCUGAUAUAGUGAACAAAGAAGACUUUGUGCUGAAUUCAGAAUAUCUCAUCACUCUUCUCGUUGUAGUUCCAAAGUCAAACUACGCACAAUGGCAAAAAACAUAUGAAUCCCUCUCUGAUAUGGUAGUGCCUCGAUCCACAAAAAUGAUUGCUGAGGAUACGGAGGGAGGACUCUUCACUGUGACACUGUUUAGAAAAGUGAUGGAUGAUUUCAAAGCCAAAGCCAGAGAAAACAGGUUCAUGGUCCGAGAAUUUUAUUUUGAUGAGAAAGAACUGAAAUGUGAAAAGGAAGAAAUAAUGAAAUUAGCUUCUGAUAAGAAACAACAAUAUGGGCCACUACUGCGCUGGCUGAAAGUGAACUUCAGUGAAGCAUUUGUGGCUUGGAUUCACGUGAAAGCCCUGAGAGUUUUUGUUGAAUCUGUCCUGAGGUACGGCCUACCCGUGAAUUUCCAGGCAAUGCUGCUGCAGCCCAGCAAGAAGUCUGUAAAACGCCUGAGAGAUGUUCUUAAUGCAGUCUUCAAACAUCUGGAUGAAGUAGCAGCAGCAAGUAUAAUGGAUAUGAGUAUGGACAUUCCUGGUUUACAACUGAGCAAUCAAGAAUACUAUCCUUAUGUCUAUUUCAAGAUCGACCUCAGUCUUCUUGAUUACAGUUAA